AUGAAUCUCUCGUGGUCCUCGUCUGCUUCUUCGACCGGUUCUCAGUCCUCGUCUAUGAAUCUCUCGUCGUCCUCGUCUGCUUCUUCGUCGUCUUCGACCGGUUCGUGGUUCUCCGGCGUGGUCCGCGGCCGGUCGGACCGGUCCGGGUCCGUCAAGAUGGGCUCGGAUUCUGUCUCCGGCGGUUCCGGUGACUUUUCUGGUCCCGUUGUACGGAAGAACCAGUUCCGAGGCGUGCUCUUCAAGUACGGCCCAAAGCCUAUUCAGGUUGCGUUUAAAACAGGUGAUUAUAGACAACAAGUCAUUUUUAUUGGUGGACUGACUGAUGGUUUUCUGGCAACAGAUUACUUGGAACCUCUUGCAAUUGCUUUGGACAAGGAGAAAUGGUCACUUGUUCAGCCACUCUUGUCAUCUUCAUACAGUGGAUAUGGCACUUCAAGCUUGCAACAAGAUGCAAUGGAACUUGAUCAGCUGAUCAGUCACUUUAUAAACAAAGAAGAUUCUGAGGGUGUGGUACUGCUUGGCCAUAGUACUGGCUGUCAGGAUAUUGUACAUUACAUGCGCACAAAUGCUGCAUGCUCCCGAGCGGUCCGUGCUGCCAUUCUGCAGGCUCCAGUCAGUGAUCGGGAAUACAGAGCAACUCUUCCCGAAACAGCUGCUAUGAUUGACUUGGCUUCAACCAUGAUUAGUGAAGGCCGUGGGUUGGAGUUAUUGCCAAGUGAAGCAGAUCCAGGAGCCCCAAUAACUGCCUAUCGGUAUCACUCUCUUUGUGCAUACAAUGGGGAUGAUGACUUGUUUAGUUCUGACCUUACUGACGACCAGCUGAGGUUGAGACUUGGGCACAUGGCUAACACACCUUGCCAGGUUAUGUAUUCCAUGGCCGAUGAAUAUGUGCCAGACUAUGUUGACAAGAAAGCAUUGGUCCAAAGAUUGUGUAAAGCAAUGGGUGGUGCAGAGAAAGUUGAAAUUGAAUAUGGUAAUCACUCCCUUUCUAACAGAGUUGAUGAAGCUGUCCAUGCCAUUAUUGAUUUUGUUAAGAGAGAGGGACCUAAAGGCUGGGAUGAUCCGUGGCAUUAGUUUAGUGUGUUGCUCUAUUUUCCUCCAUUUUUAAUUCUAAAUUCUUUCGUUUUAUUCCAUUUAUUCCCUGUCUUUAAUUUUCUCAGCUUUCAGUCUUCUUCUUCUUCUUCUAUAUAGAAAAUUUCAAGUGAAUUUCGAUCUUAUUUUGCUCACACCGUUUGAGAUUGUGUCGAACACCCUUCUUUUGUUAACUCAUCGGGAAAGGAAAUAGAAAAGAAAAGAAAUUAUUUUGCACCUUUUUUCUGGGUUUGGCAUUGUGGAAUCAAACUGAUGAUUUUGAGGUUUGGUUUCUUGUUUGAACACUUGAUCUUUUCUUCAUAUGAGAUACUUUAUCAUCAUAUUCUCCUCUCAGACUAUAUACUACAAACCAGAAAAGCUACAUUUACAUC